AUGAAGCUCGACGCCAAGGCGAUUCGCUACCUCACCUCUGAGGAUUUUCGGGUGCUUGCGGGGGUGGAAGCCGGAAGCCGAAAUCACGAGGUUGUACCGACACCAUUGAUCGUCCAGUUGUCAGGCCUUCGCGGCGGUAGCGGGGUGCAUCGGGCGAUCUCGAAUCUGGCGAAGACGAAUUUGAUUGCCAAGGUUAAAAAUGCGAAGUAUGACGGCUAUCGACUCACCUACGGCGGACUCGACUACCUGGCGCUGAACGCGCACCAGAAACAAAAAUGCAUCUACUCAGUUGGCAAUCAGAUUGGUGUGGGGAAGGAAUCCGACAUCGUGGUGGUCGCACACAGCAGCGGAGCGCAGCGCAUCUUGAAGAUCCACCGACUGGGGCGUAUUUCGUUCCGCACGGUUAAAACGAACCGCGACUACUUGCGACACCGCAACACGGGGUCGUGGAUGUAUAUGUCACGACUGGCGGCCAUGAAGGAAUUUGCGUUCAUGAAGGCGCUGCGCGCCAACGGUUUCUCGGUGCCUGAGCCCAUUGCCCAGAACCGGCACACCAUCGUCAUGAGUCUAGUCGACGCCUUCCCGCUCCGUCAAAUCUCCACGGUGCCCAAUCCCGCGGGACUGUACUCGGAAUUAAUGGAUAUGAUUCUGGAGCUGGCGCGGUUCGGUCUGAUUCACGGUGACUUCAACGAGUUCAACAUCCUCAUCAAGGAAGAGGAGGAUCCCACGGCAAAGGGCAAGGCACCCGCCUCCUCUACGGACGAAGUGUCUGAUGAGAAUCUCCGGCUGGUCCCGGUGCUCAUUGACUUCCCGCAGAUGGUGUCUAUUGAUCAUGCCAAUGCGGAAAUGUACUUCGACCGCGACGUCAACUGUAUCAAGCGCUAUUUCCAGCGCAAGUUUCACUUUGUCAGCGAUGUUCCGGGGCCGUUCUUUGCCGACGCUAAGAAGAAGCUCCUCAAGAACCCUGGAAAACGGCUGGAUGUCGAAGUUGAGGCUUCGGGAUUCUCACGGAAGAUGGCCCGCGAGCUCGAGGCAUAUAUGAAGGAAGUGGGGGCCGACGGGGAAGCAGGUGCCUCUAAAGACGAGGACGAGGAUGACGAUGAGGAAGAAGAAGAAGAAUCCGGGUCUGAGUCUGAAGGGCACGUUGAAGACGAGCGGCCGGAGCAGGAUACUCAGGAAGUCGACGAGAGCUCCAAGAAGAUGGAGGAACUUCGUGUCUCGGAAACAUCGGGACAGUAA